AAACAUCGCAGUCACCUCCAGAUAGCGAGCGACACACGAAGACCCGAGUCGUCAGUUUUUCCUCGUUUCCUUCGUCAAAUCAGUCAGAGAGCCGAGCCUGCAUGGCUCGGUGCAGUCAGCUGUAACCCGCGGAUGGUCACCAUGGCCUCGUUUGUCGGGGAAAACCGCUGAAAAAGUAACGACUGUCGAAACUCCGGGAUCGAAACAUCGACGAGCCGGACUGACACCUCGCGUGAGUCGAGUCUCUGAGGUCUUCUCUGAGGGGAACAUGGAUCGCGGCGGCUGCCAGAUGAGCGGCGGAGGUGGAGGCGGCGGAGGCGGAGGCGGGAACGGGCCCGACCGACACGGGAUGAUCACGCUGGAGGACCUGGAGUCCUUCUCCGAGGACCAGCUGUCGGACUCGGGCAACGGCAGCUUGGAAGAGGAGGGCGAAAACAUGGAGGAGGACGAGGAUCCGGACCGGCUGCUGCACUACUGGCAGGACGUGGCCCGGGGCCACCAGGUGGAGGUCUCCGAAGAAAUGGCUGAGCCGAUUCAGCAGCUGACCACAAACAACCAAGGACGCAGUCAGAGGGAGCAUGUCCCGUUCACCUUGCUGUCCCGGAAGGAGAAGUGCGGGGAGCUCCUCUAUGAGAAGCGUCACUAUGAAAAGGGCCACUGGGCUUGUAUUACCAUGCGGGAAGACACUUACGAGCAGAGCAUCUGCUAUGGCUUCAUGAGGAUAAUGAGAUACAUCUGCCAGCAGAACUCCUUAGGUGACUACCUGGGCAUGUCACUGCCCAUCGUCACGGUGGUGCGUACGAAUGACAUACACACCACGGUCUCCAACGAUGUCACAGUGGCAUACUACUUGCCUGCUAACCACCAGGCUCAACCUCCACAACCUCAUGACAGUGACAUCAUUCUGGAGAUCUGGCCGGCCACCAUAGUCUACACCAGGCCCUUCACCGGUCCCACCAAUGAGAUCACCAUCAUCGAACAGAUCAACGCCAUGGCGGAGGUGCUGGACUCCCCUGGCGUGUGCAUGAACGACUCCUUCAUCGUGGCGGGCUACACCAACCCAGCCCACAGCAACCGUCAAAAUGAGAUCUGGUUCUUGGAGCGACGCUGAUUCUUUUGUGACCCGUUAAAGCCUUUUGAAAGACACCCACCCCUGCCCAACUGCAGAUUCCCCCUUAGCUACAGACUCAGGUGCAAGAAUCUCUCCACUCCCACCCACUACACCCACCCAGCACACUCCUUAGACUGGGGCUUGCUAGGAAAAAAAAAAGUCAGACAACAGAGCCUCAAGAGUGUCGCAGACACCACCACCGUCAACACAGUGAUUCCUGGUGUCUCAACCAUUCACGUCACAGAAGCGGCCGCGAAAAAACAAGCAGUGUUCAGGGUAGAAUUGUUGGAUUACGGUGAGAAAAUUGCAAAAACCAGCAGCAGCUGGUUUCCCUGUGGACACGAAGCCUUCUUGUGCUCCCCGCACCCCGUCAGCUUUUAACGUCUGUUUCAUUUGUUCCCCAAGUGUUGCAUAUCCCUGUCAUUCUUCAGCUAGCUUAACCAGUUCAUUUAGCCAUUUGUCUUUUGUGUUUCAUCUAUAAAGCUAUUUUCUAUUCAACUGCAAUAUCAUCAUUAGUCACUGAAGCUGGGCUAGUGCUGUCCAACUGAACCCGCCUCGUGUUUUGCAUCUUGCUGACUUAAACUCCAUCAUUCGUAAUCCUUUCAAACCUGUCAAUUUUGUACUUGUUCCCUAUAUUGUCCAUAUAUUUUUGUGUCAAACAAAAGUCUAAAAAAAGGCCACAAGCACCUUUGCUGUUGUGGCUUUCCUGCUCAAGAAGAUAUUUUUGUACAACCAAACAAUCCAGGACGAAGCCCAAAAGAUGAACAUCAAAUCAUAUUGAUAUUUGUAUUGUAUCGACUGAUGUUGUGAUGCCACUUGGUGUUGUUGCGGUCAUAUACAGACGCUGACCAGUGCUGAGGUCAGUUGCUCAGUGAAUGCCCAGCUUUCCUGGCGACGGCUUUUGAAAAUCAUACAAAGACAAAGCUACAACUUCUAAUCUCAGACCUAAUCUAGACACCACCAGGACCUGCGUGUACAUGUGUGCACAUGAAUGUACAACUCGGGGGCGACGCUGCAGAGAAACAAACCAAACAUGAUUUUACUGCUGAAAGACAAUCAACUCAAGUAUAGAAAUCUAAGUAUAUAUGAAUAUAUAUGAAGCAUUCCUCUGGCUCACACAGAAAUAGACACCUACAUACCUCUACUCAUGCUUUUCUACUCUAUGUCGAUGUUAGCGCCCACUACUGUACUGCUGCUGCCGUCAAGAAGGAAGGAAAAAAAGCCUCAACUGUUCCAGUUUGCUGAUCCUCACCAACAGGAUGGAAGCCUCUGCAUUCUUCUGACUGCUUUGAAACUACUGAGACAUAGGAAGGGUACAGGUUCGAUUCCCAGUGUCAGGCAGGAUGGAAUCAGAGACGGUUCAAGAAAAUGGAAUUCCAAAGAGUACAAUAUUUUUCAGCUUCUGGUUUGGCAGGAACGCUGAGGGCUUUUGUUUCUCCCUUCUUGUUCGGUUUUUGCUUCUCAUAGUGACGCGAUCGUGUGCUGUACUGUGAGACUCAAGUGCAACGACAAGAGCUACUGUGGUUUUUCUUCGUCCAAUAAACGUGAUUGUCUCCUG